AGAAAACACGCGCAAGAGUUUGAAGAUCUGCUGGUACCCGAACGAAGAUAAUUUUCUCGGAGGGAAGAUCAGUAUUAGGAUUCCAUCUUCUGAUCGGCGUCGGGGUUGAUACAUUCGGAUACUUCGAAAGAUGGAUCCUAACCAGCCACCAGUUGAAAACUAUGCGAAUCCGAAGACGUGUCUCUUCCAUGUUCUCUUCAAGGGUGCUGCGUUGGCGUUUUACAUUCUCUCGGCUCUCUUCUUCAACAGCUUUGUUAUUAUCUUUGUGGUGACUGUUCUUCUCGCGGCACUUGACUUCUGGGUGGUUAAGAAUGUGAGUGGGCGUAUACUUGUUGGUCUCAGGUGGUGGAACGAGAUCAAUGACUUGGGUGAAAGUGUCUGGAAGUUUGAGUCUCUUGACCAGGAGUCCUUGGCUCGGAUGAACAAGAAAGACUCCUGGCUUUUCUGGUGGACGCUUUACCUUGCAGCAGCUGCGUGGUUAGUCCUUGGGAUAUUUUCACUGAUAAGGUUUCAGGCCGACUAUCUGCUUGUUGUCGGCGUUUGCUUGUCCCUUAACGCGGCUAAUAUCAUCGGCUUCACAAAGUGCAAGAAAGAUGCAAAGAAACAGUUUCAGCAGUUUGCCUCACAGACAAUCGCAUCACGGUUCCAGUCCACGGUACAAUCUGCCUUUACCCUUGUCUGAAAAGAAGAACAUGUUUUAGUGAGCAAAAGGCAGUGUAUAAAGAAGAAUUGCCAUAAGCCACACCAUGUUUUUUUUACUGAUUCGUUUUACCAAUAUAAUAUUUUGCAAGGGAUUAAGAAAGAGGUUUAUUAUAUUCUCUUUUACAUGUAUUUGACAUUUUCGAUUUUACCCUAUAUAACAUUUUUGUAUCUCCUA